AUGCUCUCCAAACGCUCACAAACAAUCGUAUCCAUAGGGAGAUCCUUCGCGACCGCUGUGUCCACCCCUAGUGCAAGGCGGAAACUCCCCGCGGACGGCCUCAGCUUUGGUGACUUUGCCUCGGGCGAUGUCUUGCCAGUAUCUGAGCGUGUGAUUCUCGGCAACACCUCACAACCACGUCUCCCCUCCUUCCUCAAACACCCCAUCCCCUCGGGCAAGUCCUAUACCGAAAUCAAGAAGGAUCUGCGCGGACUGGGAUUACAUACCGUAUGCGAAGAGGCGAAAUGCCCCAACAUCGGCGACUGUUGGGGCGGCGACAAGGGUCAGGCGACAGCGACCAUCAUGCUUAUGGGUGACCAGUGUACGCGGGGGUGCCGAUUCUGCUCUGUCAAGACAUCCAGGCUUCCACCACCGCUUGAUGUGCACGAACCAGAGAAUACGGCGGAAGCGAUCAGCCGGUGGGGUUUGGGGUAUAUCGUGUUGACCAGUGUGGAUCGAGAUGAUCUUAUUGAUGGGGGCGCAAAUCACAUUGCGCAGACAAUCAGCAAAAUCAAGCAAAAGGCGCCGUCCAUCCUGGUCGAAGCCCUGACGCCGGACUUUGCGGGCAAGGGGGCAGAAGCGGUCCACCUCGUCGCCACUUCUGGGCUGGAUGUCUUUGCGCAUAACGUCGAGACGGUCGAGCGAUGUACGCCUUUCGUUCGCGAUCGUCGAGCCGGAUUCCAGCAGAGUCUGACGGUGUUGGAGGAGGCCAAGAAGGCGGCACGUGCGGCCAACAAGGAGAUCCUCACCAAGACGAGUAUCAUGCUGGGCGUGGGAGAAGAGGCGGACGAGAUUAUGGAGACACUGAGACGACUUCGCGCAUCAGAUGUGGAUGUAGUCACAUUUGGUCAAUACAUGCGGCCAACCAAGCGACAUAUGAAGGUGGAUCGUUAUGUGUUGCCAGAGGAGUUUGCCAAGUGGAAGGAUGUGGCCGAGGGGAUGGGGUUCCUGUAUGUGGCGAGUGGGCCGCUGGUACGAUCGAGCUAUAAGGCGGGAGAGUUCUUUAUUGAGAAUGUGCUGAAGAAGAGAAGGGCAAGGGCUCAGGUAGAGGAGGGGGCUAUGGGAGACAGAGCAACGGUGUAA